CUUCAGUAAAAAAAAAAAACGAUCUUUCUUCUUGUUCUUCUUUUCGCGGCACAACAACAACGCAACGAUAAUGUCGAACUCCAGCGAACAAACCCUAGAAGAAGAUCACGGAGUCGUCGUCGAACCACCGCCCUCCUCCGAUCAAAACCCUAACGAGCAGAGCGAGCAGCAGCAAACUCAGGAAUGGGAAACCAUGGCUCGCGCUUGGCUCCUCUCGUUCCCCGAGGCCAAAGCUGUGUCCAUGGACGAGGUCGAAGCUUGGAUCGACUCCAACCACCACUCUCUCCCCGAAGGAAUCAGAUCAAUGCCUCGCUCUGAUGUCUGUCAGAGACUCAUUUCCAUUCAGAAAAUGAGACUCCCCACUCAGGAAAAAGAAGUUAGCCAGUUUGAUCUUGAAAAUCCGCCAUAUCGAUUUCAGCGUACUGAUCAAUGGAGACCAGUUUAUUCUUGGUUAGAAUCUUUGGAUCAAGAGGAGGUGGUGAAGUCAAAAGAAAUUUCAGAUUGGCUUAGUGCAAAUCCUGACAUCCAAGAACAGUUGUGCUCCAGGCAUACUCGAUAUCAUUUGAUGCACUACAUCAAAAAGUGCCAUAUAAAGAUAUUGAAGAGGAAGGAAAGGAAAAUGGGUUUGCAGCAGCAGCAAAACAAAGAAACUUCUUUAAAGGUUCGCAGAACUGUGAUCAUGAAACAACCAGAAGAGCUUCAAAGCAAUGCUAUAAUUAAUCUACCUAAAGAUGGUGAUGCAUUCUUGACGAAAAGAAAGGAGGCGUAUCUCAAAUAUGAGAUUUUGGUGGAGUUGGAGAAGCUGCUUUCCCCAAUAUUCCCAAAGCAACAAGAUGGAAAAUAAUGAAGAAUCUUGAAACUGCAAAUCUCUGCCUAUGCAAACUCAGAAGUGCCAUACUGAUUCCUCUGUACCAAAAGAUGUUCUCUUUCUCUCCAAUGCACCUCAAAAGGUUUAGGGAAGUUCUGUCCUGUUUAUAGGUAUUCCCUUUUCCAUUUCAUAACUGAUUGGGGGGAUAAUAGUUGCUUGUAAUUUGUACAAAAAUGCCUUAAGAAAUUCACUUCAAGUUUGGUGCAUUACUUCCAUUGAUGGAUACAAGCAGGACAAGUUGUUGGCAAAAUUUUCCAUGUAAUUCUAGGAUGAGUAUAUAUUGUUUCUUAGCCAGCAUGCUUCCAAG